AGCUUACUGUGUGAUGCUUGCGUCGUGAGGGCGUAUGCACCAGCUGCCUGCUCCUACCACCAGUGUUAAUCAGUCAGUGGGAGAGCCAGUUGGCAUUGGCAUUCUCUGCAUUAUUACCCAUUAAAUCUUCCGUUUAUUGAGGUCUUCUCUUCCUAUGUUGCUCUACAAGAGUGUGAUAACAGUUGCUUGAGAUGCCUGACCUGCUACGCAAGGUUGAAGAGGGUGAAGAUGACCUCCCUCCCUUGGUGGCUAAUGAUGAACUCUCUAGACCUAAGAUUGAGGCGUUGCGAAGGUAUUGUUGUGAGGGAACAUCAACAGGGAGGAACAACGGUGGGUGAGACGAGUGACAUCAACAACGUCACUGCAACAGUAACCAACCAACACUGCUGAUGUGGCAGUUUUGAACUGUGGUGCCGGCAUGCCUCUGGCAAGACAGUGAUGGAAUGAGUGAUGAGCUUCUUCGAGUCACCCAGCCUCGGUGGGAAACGGCCGAUGUAUUUAAAAAAUAACCUUCAAACCUUGGCAUGGGCUCAGUUUGAGACACUUGAUAGGUCUGCGAGUACUUCAAAAUUUUAAUUUCAGUAUUGGAUCAGGGGAUUAAAGACUAAUGGUCAAGUUAUGAGGGCCAGUGGAUCAACAUCUCUAAACUUGGAGACUACGACUGAGGGCAGUACUGAGGACAAGAGUGUUAGUGAGACAGAGUCAUCUACUAGCACAAGGGUAUGGAAUCCAACUCAUCAGACUGGGGCUUCGAAUGUCACGCCGAGCAACAGUGAUCGUCCACCACCAGCCUAUCCUUGUCAAGAAGAAUGCAUACAGUGUGGCAAGAAAGUCCCAGACACGACUGUCAGUCAUGUUACAACAAACCAACAGGUUAUAGAAUCAGAUUCAUAUUGCAUCUGCGAGUGCCACAAGCAAACUCUUCAUAAAACAGAAUCCUCCGGGCAAAUCUCACAAGGACACAUCCCACCAGCAGGUCCCCACUGUCUCAGUGGCUGUGGUUAUUCAGGUCUUCCGUGUUACAACUGUAGUUUGCUUCAAGAACACCUACAACCACAGGGCUUGAGAACCACCGGAAACGAAGGCCCAUCAAAUCCAGCCCAGACAUUUUCUCCGCAGAUUUUUACAAUUGAAUUAAUGGAGCAUUCUUCAAGUUGUGUUCCAGGAGCAAGGUCAGUGAUUCACCACCAACAGAUAAUUACAGAAGAUAAUAGUCAAGAGACGAGGAGAAGAAAAAUGUGCUUCUCGAUUGUGGUUUUUGUCAUAGCAAUUAAUGUGUUCGUAGGCGUAUUCAGAAUGUUGAUAGGCACAAGCACUUAUUAAUGUAAUAAUACCUGGCAAAAUCAAUUUAAAAUAUCUAUGCAAAAUGCAAUAGUUUCAUCAUGGAAUAUUUUGGGUUCGAAAGAUACUGUGGAAGAUUAAGUUACUAGAGUACUGUAUAAUGUUGACAUAUCUUAUGGACAAAACAAUAUAAUUUUUUGCUCAUGAGAACGUUUGUGUAGUCAUAGGUGAGGGAUCUUAGUUUCUGGAGUAUUGGAGACCCUCUAUCAUGGCUCUCUACUUCUGGAGGUCUAGCCAUGUAAUAAUGUACUUAAACCACUAGUUAUGUGAUAUUUAGAAAUUUUUGAGUUACAUUAUUGGAUCUGUGCUCCAGUUCCCCGAAUUAAGCCUGAAUGCCUUCCACAUAUCCCCCCCCCAGGCGCUGUAUAAUCCUCCGGGUUUAGCGCUUCCCCCUUGAUUAUAAUAAUAAUAAUUUGAGUUACAUUGCAAAAAAGAAUAUGAAGUUUCCGGGGUUCCAUUGCAAGAUGGCAUAUAUAGCAAUAGUCAUUAUAACUUGUGCUAUUAGGUAUUGGUGAUGCAGAAAUCUCAUAAAAUUUAUCAAUUUUUUAUUGAAAUCUGGGAUCUGUACACCGGUAAUUACUUUCAUUAAUUGUAAGGAUGUCAGGACGGGCAGCAAAUGAAUGUCCAAUAUAUCUGAUCAUGUCUCCUGUUUAGCUGAAAUUUAAUAUCAACCUUUACUAUCUGACUAAAAUUUCGAACUUACACAUUGGUUUAAUCUGCCCUGUAGGCUGGAAGUUAUGACAAAGGUCAUUGAGGGUUGUGCUUGACCUCAUCAGAUCUGCAUUUACAUAGCAACAGCGAACGUAUUCCAUCCUAGGAAGUAUAAACUACUGCAUUUGUGAUUACCUAGUGUUUUACAGAGUUAAACUUGUAUCCUCUCUUCAGUAUUUAGUGUAUCUUAGUUACGAGUGAUUGUAACACUCUUGUAGCUCAUUCCAUUGAGGUUCCAUCCUACACAAGUGGUAUGCACUGAUCAUUCCCAACAUUAAAUUAUGUUGGUAAGAUACAACUCCAGUGAAAAUAUUUUUUACUGGCAAAGUCUGUUAAUUCUUGGCCUAAUCGUUCCUUUAACGAGAUCAAAUUUGUGUAAAGAUCUUGUGGGGUGAUAAGUUUCACUAACAGUAACUUAAAUUUUAUGCCCAGGCUGAAUAUUCUGUAGAACUUUAUAUUAGGCAACCAUAACGGAAUGACUGGCCGACUGCCAAUACAUGGGGCAAAGCAGACACACUUGACAGUGUUUUGCAAAAUGAGUUUUUGUGAAGUCCGGUAGAAUAGAAGCAAAGUUUUGUGAUGGACUCCAGCACAGUGGUGAAGAGGUGAUGGAAGGUGUGGUGGUGGUGACAGAUUAGCUGCAAUACAACUUCGUAUUUUCAUUGCCUUAAAAAAGGAUUCAUUUAUCCCCUACCGUUCCUAAUACCUUAUUCAUCUGCAGUCCUACUUUGUUGCCUUUAAUUCUUUCAGAAGUAACUCUACAACACUACUUGGUAUUCUCACCAGGCUUAUUAAACUAUAAUUCUUACAUUAAAAAAACUGUUCAUUUAGUAAUAAUCUGUGAUUAGAGAAUGAAGCGCAGUACAGAACUUGUGAAAUAAUGCCCGAUGAAGGUCCCUCAUGCUUAUAAUACUGUUUAGCAUUUUAGAGCCCCUUCCCCUUUUCUCCCUUUUUGCCUAAGUAAUGUGUGGGGUUAAUGUCACUAAGAUAUUUGAAACUUUUGUUUUAGUAAUUUCACGAUAAAAUUCUUCCUUGCUAAGGAAGAAAUUGCAGAAACCAUUCGAGAUUGAUAGAGAUUUGGACACUGUCCUACAUACUUUCCUAUCAUCCUGAGCCAAAGAUUUUCAUGAAUCCACAUCUGUGAUAACUUCAUUUUCACGUCUCAUCCUCAUUUCGCCUAACCCUUUAAGAGGAAGGUAAUCUCAUUUUUGGUCAGAUUCAGACACAUUUUGGUUGAAGAUUGAAUUUGUCUGUGUAGUUUCUUAAUGUUUGUAUUAAUGUUCCAAAAAUAAAAUAAAAAUUGUUAGAUGUAUAAUUUCUGUAAAUAUUUUACUUGGUAUUUUUCAAAGAAUAUAUUAGUUGUACACUUAAUUAAGAAUAUAAAAAAAUGGCUGUGAAAUCCCUUGCAUCAUAACAUUAUCUUGGCCUUGAAGAUACAAUGAAAAGAUUAGGCAUUGUGGGUAGUUGAUAUUAGCAGUUUUUUCUUGUAUUGGCCACAUUGCUGUUGGUUUAAUUUUAGGCCUUAAAUUAUAAAGCUUAUAUCAAAAUAGUUUAAUAAUUCUAUCAUUAUAAAAUUGGCAACUAGUAUUGCUUAUUUUUCUGAGCUGCUUCCUGCAGACUUCAAGCUUUGAGGUCCUCUCUAGUUCCUUGUCAAAUGUUGAAUUUACCUCAUUUUAAUGUCUUUAGCACAUGCUCUGAGUGUUCGCUUCAGUAUGUUAGUCAGAUGUAGGUAAUAUCUAUGAAAUUAGUCCUUGUCAAAAACUAACUUAUGCACUGUAACACUUUCCAGGAAAACUGGAGAUGUGGAGGUUUUUAGUUGCUGGUUCAUGUCCCACGGUGCUUAAUUUUACUUACUGUAUUGUACGUUUUUUUGAUGCUGAAAUUAGCAGUGCUUCUCUCUUUGAAACUAUGGUCUUUGUGUAGUAAGUGCUGCAACCACUGGAAACUCUAUAAAAUAAAUUUAAGUGACUACGUACUGAAGAGGGGACACGGUUAACUCUCGUUGCUUCAGAAAGUUCAUCAGAUACUUCAUAGAUUACUUUGUGGCAUAUUGAACUUUUAAGCUUCUAAUUUAUUUUUUCCUAAUCUCAAAGCCUCCAGCAAGCUUGUGUGAAAUGGUUAGAUCAGAGUGGAGGUAAGUGGUUAUUUUGUGACAUGUGAACAGGGUAAGUUUCACGAAGGGAUUCGGGGAAGCCAGUUACCCUGACUAGUGCUAGAAGUGGGCAAUGUCUGCACUCGGAAGACAGCGAGGAUGUUUCAGUCGGAGGGUCAACCGAGUUGCGAUGUCAGCACACUUGUCGACAGAACUAAAAUAAAUGGUUAAUAAGUUUUCUUCAGGUCGCUCUGCCUUAAAGGGAGACGACCGUUGAAGUGAAGACAAAUGAUAAAACUUCUCUUCCCAGUCUAGAUAACGAAAUUGAGCACAAUACUUUUUCCUGUGAUAUUUUUUGGAGGCGCUGCAAAUUCUUGUUAAUACGUCAAGCUUGUCAAGGGGAUAUCAGAGGCACAAUAUUUGACGAGUCAAAAUGGAUAUAAAACACUUGGACAAUUUGUAACGGGAUAUAUACUCGGAAAGGUAUAUUUCUCAGUAUACAUUCUGAGUUUACUCUAAUCAUUAUUUUAGGGAUAAAAGUAUUCUUGUAUGGUGAUUAAAAAGUUACCUGCAGUCUUAAUGACUGUAGUUAGUAAGCAUCAGAUUCCAUUAACUAUUGUAACACUAGCACAUGAGUUUGGCAGUUCUUCACUCGUAUUGGUUCCAUUGUGGUAAAGGACCAUUUUCUUGUUCAGGACAUAAGGACUGAUGGUUCCUUCAAUAAAUCUAAACUGGA